GAUCAUGGAAAGAGCAAUCAAUGUAGGUCCCCACUGACUUUCUCUUAUCUGUGUUCGAUGUUUUAGGGCUCUCAAAAUCCCAGCACUAUGGGUGCUGCUACCUCGAUUAACCAGAAGCCCAUCUGGACCACCUUAUCCGUCCUCGUCGCAGCCCUCGCAGUCACAACCUACCAACUUGCGCAGCCUCCACCGACUCACCUUCCCAAAGUUUUCGUAAUCGGCCUCUCCAAGACCGGCACAACCAGCAUCGGCGACGCCCUCGAACGCCUCGGCUACCGUCGCCUCGGCUGGCGCGACAUUCGCAGUCGACACCUCGUCCACACCUGGGCUCACUCCAACAACUCCGACCUCUCGACUCUGAUCUCCCAAACAAAACAAUACGAUGCCUUCGAAGAUCUCCCAUGGGCGAAAGCCUACCCACAAAUGGCAGAUUUGUAUCCUGACGCCAAAUUUAUUCUAAGUCUUCGGAAAGACGACGAAACGUGGUUACGGAGUAUGGGGACGCAUAUGGGGCGAGGCGAAUGGCAGCCCUACAAGCUCUUCUACGGCGCGACGACGUUCGAGGGAAACGAAGACGUGAUACGGCAAUCGUAUUUGAACCACACCAGAGAAGUGCGGGAGUUCUUUCGGGACAAAGAGGAGCGAUUUGUGGAGAUGAGGAUAGAUGAUGCGGGGGAUGAGGAGAACUGGAGUGCUUUAUGCCAGGUUGCGGAGUGUUCUGGUGGGAAAGUCCCCAGUAUUCGUUUCCCAAGGACGAAUUCGAAGGGCUCGUGGGAUAUGGGUCCUGCGAAGAAUGCGGUGAGAUUCUGUUGGGGCUGGACGGUUACAAGGACGGAAGAGCAGGUUGUGAAAUAUUAUUACGAGCGGAAUGUGGAAGCCGUGAGACCUGUUCUCAGCGCGCUUUGGUCGGCAUAUGAUUUUGUUGAACGGGCAUACACCGAGCUCGAAUUCAAGAUCGUUGCGUCAUUUGUGCCUGCCUUGACCGUUGAAUAGAUUGCGCAUCCGUAGUAACAAUCUGGUAAAAUAGUGCAUUGUGCGACGGACAACUUUUUGUGUCUGGA